AUGCUCAGCCUGUUCACUGGGGAUAUGACAGAUGCAUGCUUUAAUGUUGAUGUUCAUACAUACUGUCAGCGUUCGAUACGAACAUCCAAACCACCAGAGAAAGGUCAGUGUUUUAGUUUUAGUUUUAGUGACUUAUUCAGAAAGUUUAACACUCAUAUUUCUUUGUUUUUUUUAAGAGGAUCUUUUCUCUUUUCUCUGUGCCACCCUCUGGAGUUUGGGAGGAAGAAGACUGAUUUAGUUCCCCAUAAAUUACAGAAGUUUUCAGCUGUAGGACUCAGAGCGUAAUGUAAACUUCACAUGUGGGUGAAGUCACAGCCCUGUUCCUCUGCUCCCCACAGAGCGGGGCAAAGACUUCAGCUUCUUCAUGGUUCAGGGUGUGGAUUUGUUCUUGGUCAGCACUUAGAAAAGGAUUUAUUGUCGUAGUCAGACUGAAACUGGACUUUUGAGAUGUUCUCCUUCUCUAAAUGUAGAAAAGAGACUCAUCUCCGCGAAUGACUCACUCUCUCCUGAUACCAAGAAGGCGUUAAUUCCUUUUUUGAGAAUCUGCACCGAAUGUUUAACACUCCCGAUAAUUACAGCGAAGAGAGCAGCAGGUUUGAUUGAUGAUCCAUAUGAUACCAGGGUCUCUGGGAUAGCUACCCCUCCUUUUUUCCAAAGGUUGGUCCGUUCCCCUCCCUGACAUUACGGAGUCACCACCCGACAUCAUGAGGAAGCUUCUGCAGGGAGCCGUUACUGACGCAGGAGGACUUUUAAAUCCUGGAUUUGAUGGCCUGAGGUUUCAGCAGGAGGAUUGGAGAAAGGAUGAAGAGAAGAAAAUUGCACAUCCUUAAGAAAACAAAGAGCAUUUCCUUCCUCGUGUCAGGAUGAAAUAGGGAGGGGAAAAAAUAGAAAUACACACUAAUUCAUCAUUUGGUUUUACUGCUCCUCCAUGGUCCAUAACUCACUCUGGCUGUGAUUCCCUUUUCUCCUUCAAAUCCACCGCCGCGCCAUGUUUUAAUGACCUUAUUACAGGCAAUCCUACACUGUCCAAUAAAAGGUUAACACUUUGAACUGUGAUCCACGCUAUGACUAACAUGUUUUAUAAUAUCUCGUGAAUUAGACGGUAAUGGAAUAAUGGAGAAACCAGCGGAGAACAUGAGGAAAUCUGACAGAUCCCCCUUCCAGACCCUGACCCCGGUCUCCGUGGUUUCACAGCAGGUCCAGGUUGAUUAACCUAUCGAAGGUUUUGUCAGAGUUUUAAUACCGAUCCAACAAAGCUGACAGACACGACAGUGGCGUUUAUAGUGUAACCUAUCUCAAGGCGACUUUAAAGCGCCACCGCCAUAUGGCGUCUCCAUUUUCCAAGUGCUGCUUUAGUGGAUUCCUGCGAGCUGUCUGUUUCUGUCGUUGCUCAUCAUCCUAAAGACAGGAGGGUGUAUCUGCCUCGGUCUGUGUCCCUGGUGGACUGUAUGGAAUUAACUGAUUAUACAGACAGACAGACGGACGGACACGUAGACAGACUGACCACAUGACGUGUUUUCAUCCUUGAUUACAGGUCACCGUGUUUAUUUUCUAAAACUUCAUCAGAAAGGUCGCGCCGUAAAUCACCGUCUGAAACAAUGGUAGCAUUUACAGCCACUUUCUUAGAGAUGGACUUCACUGGCAGUAUCCUCUGGAAACUGCAGCCAUAAAUUUUAUUACUAUUAAAUGUUUCUAAAGGGAGUUGACAAAUAGUUGAAUGGAGUUGAUUUUCCCCUCCUGCUCUUGGCCGGGGCUGCAGGGAGGAAAAAUCUCCCCGUCUGAAACAGGAAAAAAAAAAAAAAAAAAAAGAGGCGCUCACAUCGGCGCUGCCAAUCCAUUCAUCCUGACGCUGUUUGAGUGAAAUUUAAGCCUUUUAAAAACGCCCGCUGAAAAUACAAUGUGCUUAAAGGCAGUUGCGAACGUUUUACGAGCGCAAUAAAAUUGUCACUGCAUUCGGAUUAGAUGGAUGUUGAUAUAUGUGUAUGAAGAUUUUCAUGUGCUAAGGUGUUUACAGCUGAGUGUUAAUAUGUCUUCUGCUGAAGGAGUCACUGUGGCUGGAAAUAGUUCUGAUUUGACCCUCUGAAUUACCCGACAGAAACGGACUCUGAGUUUCUUUUGGACUGAAAAUACCUGAAAAAUGUCGCUGUACUCUCGAUCUGCUCAGUUUACUCGUGAUUCUGUUUUUGACGCUUCUUAGAAAACUGUAACCAAGGAUUGUCGGUCUGUCUGCUGAGAUAUUUGGUUCUUAGUCAGUUUAGAAAGCUUUAAAAGUCAAACAGAGUAGAACUAGAUACUUAAGAGUUUGAAGUAGGGCUGGGCGAUAUGGCCUCAAAUCAAUAUCACGAUAUAUUGAGCAGUUCACCUCGAUAACGAUAAAUGGACCAUAGCCUACCUACACACAUCCAAAAAACAACUUUCAUUUAUUUAUUUUUCUGACACUGGGCAAAAUGACGUCAGUUAUUGUUGUAAAUUCCAUUAUCUGUAAAUUUUGGGUGACCAAAAGUCCUCCUAUGCCAGGACAUGUCCUCUUUUUUGGGGGGUGUCCGGCCUUGUCUGGGGCGAGUUUAUAAAGUCCUUCAAAUGUCCGGGGUUUGUAUAGAAGUUUGAGUUUGUGUCACGUGGACUUACUGAGUUAGAAGCGUGUAAAAAAAACACUCAACUGACCCGAAAAACUCAUAAUUUACUACAUGCGACUCCAUGACUCCGCCCCUGCGUAGAUGUAUCCUCUUUUUGGGGAUUCAGAAUAUGGUCACCCUACCCAAGACUGGUGGUGCUACCUCCACUAACAUUAACCGUACCAAACAAGACUUUACCUUCAGACCCUGUGUUUAACUUGUUUGUUGACCUUUUGGCUGUUUUUUUAGUUUGUCCGGUUGUUUGUUUGGAGUUUUAGUAAAAGGACAUAUGUUCCUUUUUUUUGUAAAGACCUGGAGAAAGGAUCAACACAAGACUGGAAAUCAGCACCUGAAAAUCUUGAUCUUUUCCUACUUAAAUCUGUCUGCUUUGCCAAACUAAUGUCAGCUUCAAUCCUAUAUAUAUAAAUAAAAAAGUAAAGCUGACGUUUGGCCGGCUGGACUGUUGGGGGAUAAAAGUCUGACAGCUGAAGGUUUUUAACCCCAAACUCAGAUCCAGUAUUCUUCGUGUUCUUUUUUAAAAAUGCAAAUAUUUGCGUCUCAUGUUGACCAUCAAACAAAUCCAACCAUAACCAAUCAGUGUCACCGAUGUUCAACCAUUAUGAUCUGACCUGAAACCUUCAGAGCGACAGUUCCCGGUCACCGUCCAGGACUUAGACAGAUCCAGGUUCCUUCCAAACAAAGUGUCCACAGUAACCCCCCCUCUGGAGGAACCAGCUGUCAUGGCCGCUUUCUUCCCCUGUAAACAGCAUGUUUAUUUGAUGGAUCCAUAAUUACUUGCGAGGUCAGUCAGAGGACAAGCUCUCAUAAUCCUCCAGACCAAACAUCAAGUAUCUGGGAAUAGCCUGAACAUGGUUUCGCUGGCUCUGGACUCGUCCGACCACAUGAUGAUUUUUUGUGCCGAGUCUUUUUCCCUCCGUCGCUCCGGGUCGCUGUGAUUUACGCACAUGUUUACUGAUGUCUUUCAGAUGCUGCUUAUUGUCCUCCACUAUUAGUUCCCAGAUGAAUCACCAGUGGACAAAUUGAGGGGUGUCCCUGCGGAGUUGCGAUAUUUAUUGAGGUUACGCAUCACUGUGGACCCCUCCAUCGGCUUCCCAGUGUAAGGAGGAGGAGGAGGGAAAAACAGAUGGCCUGCUGCGGUCAUGGCAUGUUUGGACAUUGAAACACUUGGGUUUCAUGGUCUUUUUUUAUGCCUCUCUGCACAUUUGGUUUACAUCUUGUUCAGAGAUUCUGGCCCGGCUCCUUUUGUCCUUCAGGAUGUUAAAUACAUAUUGUCAUGAUGUUGUUCUGAUCCAUGGUAAGAUUUCAGGAUCCUGAAUUAUCAUCUGCUGAUAGAUCACAUCCCCCUGAACGGAGAAGAGGACUGAAAACAUCAGUCUUCAGUUCUCGUUCUGGGUAAAAAUUCCUCAUACUAAAGCAAUUCCCUGUUUCUGAGUUUAUUCUGCAGUUUGUUCAAUUCCCCGUACUAUUAGCCAGAUGGUAAUACUCCAGUGUGUUUAUUGUAAUAGGGUAAAAAUAAAUGAACCGCAUUGAUUAAAGCAGAUAUGUAAAUAUUGUGUUCUGCAGUUCUGUUGAGGAGGGAGCCUCACUGAUUACCGUUAAGUAAAGAAUAAUGGACUCAGCUCAAAGUUGAGAUGACAAUGAAACUAUUCGAUGAAUGCUCCUCGAUCUGUUUAUGACUCUGGACUUCACCUUUUAUGAGUUUGUCUGCAGCUGGAGCGAUAAUCCCCAAAAACAAGUGACUGAAUAACACGGAUGUUUCAAACCCCGUUAGAAAAGUUGAAAAGUUACCCGAGUUAAGUAAGAAGUAAACCGUCCCCUCAUAUGGACGUAUUUCUGACAUCGUCAUUGUUGAACCGCCUGGUUCAGUAAAUACUAACCUCAUAAAAACCCUCCUGAGAUCUUUACAUGUUCGCUAAAAAUAGAUCUGAUUGGUCAGUUUUUUCUUGGUCUCCGUCUGUGUAGAGGUGAGGACAUAGACUGUAAAUACUACGGACAACUUGGUUCCGCCUACCGCCAUUAUACCGCCAUUUGAAGCGAAAAGCUCUUGGUAAUUCCUUGUUUUUUCUCCACUUCCUGAAAACAAUAUUCAUAGUUAGUGUCUGUAAAAAUACAUGAGGAAGAAUGGACUGGUCUUUGUGGGCUCGUUCCUCAUGAUACUGAAGGUGAAGUUGGGAAUCAAGAGAAAUUUAUGAUGCGAAAUAUUUCCCUGCAUGACACAAAUACUGUGCAUCAAAUCACGACAAAGUUCCUGCAGAACCUUCAACUGUCCGCAGCCUGAAACAACUCCAUCAGCUCCAUCUGCUGCUGUCCUCCAACUAAAACAGACACAGACAGACUUCAGAGUGAGUCAAAGUUAUAAUCAGCGGGAUAAAAGCUAAUUAGCUAACGAACAGAGGUGAUGUGGUCACACAGCAAGGAGUUCAAGAUCAGGUCGAUAAAACGAGAAGUAGGUGAAAGUAAAUAAUGCAUUAUCAUGAUGUGUUCAAAUGUUGGUUCAGAGAAGGAGUUUAAAAAAGGAGGACAGUAGAAGAAAAGACGUCAGGGCGACAUCGAUAAGGACUCGUCUUUGACGAACCCCUUCCCGAAUAAUCUGAAUACAUGAGGAAUGUCUGUUAGCUGCAUGGCACUUUAAUUCUCCCACCACAUUAUAAAUGACCUCAAAUUCGGGGUGUCCCGAUACAACUUUUGUACUUCCGCUACAAUCCGAUAUUGUAGCCUUCAGUAUCGGCCGAUACCGAUAUUAAUCCGAUAUUUGCAAAAAAUUGUGCAUAACAAGUGCAGUGUCUUCUUCAGAUUUUAACGAAAAAUACUGCCCUAAGGCCGACAUCACUUUUAGUCCUUGCUACUUUGUUAGUACCUUAUGCUGCGUUCAAGUUACCUUGGAAGUCAGAGCUUCCCAGCGUUUCAGUAACCAAGUCGGAAAACAAAAUCAGAGGCCUGAAACAAGAUGGCUACAUCUAAGAAAGUUAUACUAGUGCUAAUAUAGGCAAGGCAAGCGCUAUUAUAACUUUCAUUCUUUUUUUCCAACUUGGUAACUGAAACGCUGGGAACUCGGGUGUGACGCCAUUUUCAGCUGCGACUUCUGACUUCCGAGGUAGCUUGAACGCAGCAUUCAUACAGACUGUUGUUGUGAUCACAUGGGCUCUACAUGCUGGAUCUGGUUGCUGCUUGCUAGAGGUGCCGGAGUGGAGUCUGGAAUGGACUGCUUGUAUCGGAGCGCUGAUGUCAGAGAUUUUAGAUGCAGGCCGAUAUAACCUGAUAUUUGUUUUUUUGGUUUAUAUCAGACCGAUAUCCAAUAUCAAUAUUGUAUCGGGACAGCCCUACCUAAAACGACUUCUUCUUCUUUGUUUCUGCUGUAAAUCAACAGUUAAUAGUCCAUUCAUAGAAAUACAGUGUUUUAAAUUAGAUUAUUUAUUCGCUGUGUCUUUGAUAUAGUAGCCGAUUAUAUAACAUUUAAGAAAACUAUAUUAGUGUCAGCCUGAAGUUCUGAUUAAAAUAACUGGACUUUAUUGGUCCAAAGUUUGGUCUCUUUAUUCCACAGUCAGCUGGGCUCUCCGUAGAUGACUCCAUAAACGCUCGCUGAUGUUUUGGAUACCAUCUCCACUCUGUUACACGAGUAUCCAUCAGCAUGACAAGAACUUGGAGGCGAGCAGAUGGUGGAUGUUUUAUCCCCUUUAACAGACACUCCCUGGUAGUGAUUACGAACCUACAGCACGGCUCGCUUAGAAACACAAUAACACGGGACUGUGGAGAGAAAGCCCUGGAGAUCACUUAAAACUACGGCGUAUAAUUUUCAGAUGCAUGCUUGUCAGUGCGUACAUGAGCAUUUAUUUUAUUUCCAAAUCAUUUUCAAUUCCUCCGUUUGUUUCUCUGCAGCGUCGGCUUUAAGUGAAAACAAAUGUAGAGGGAAGGGGAGAGAAGGGGUAACCGCGCUCUCUCUCUCUCUCUCUCUCUCUCUCUCUCUCUCUCUCUCUCUCUCUCUCUCUCUCUCUCUCUCUCUCUCUCUCUCUCUCUCUCUCUCUCUCUCUCUCUCUCUCUCUCUCUCUCUCUCUCUCUCUCUCUCUCUCUCUCUCUCUCUCUCUCUCUCUCUCUCUUCGCCGUCUUUAAAUGGCGAUACCGGGGUUUGGUCCAGAUCUCGAAAACAUAUGGAAACCCCUUUGAAGCGCGCUGGGAGCAGCUGAGGCGGCUGCAGAACUGCUCAUUGUUUACCUUUCAACCCCCGACCUCCUUCCUCCGAAUAAUAAAAGGUAAAAUGUUAAACCUUACAGGGGGCGCACAUCGGCUCAGUUCAUUAGACCCGGGGUAAGUGAAGACUUCCUAAUUCACCUACCACGCCACGGCCCUCCAGAGGAUCCCCCGUGUGGUUUUAAAGGUUCGCCGUUACUUUCUCCCAAUUAAAUGCUGCAAACUGACCCAAAAACCCAGAAAGAGCGGGUUAUCUAAAAACCAGCCCGGGUCUGAAACUUGUAAUGCGAGUUUUUAAUCAAGAUGAGUUAUGUUUUUCAAAGUGAGUAAGUGUUAUUUCAUCGUUAUAGCUUCCUCCCCGGCUAAAUUUAAACCCAGCGGCUGUGCCAUUAUAUUGUGUGGCUGGGAGAUGGCCCUCCAGAGAGGAACAAUCUGGGCGAGGGGCCUGGAUGUAUUUAUCUUCCAGUUUUUCACCUGUCUUCAGAUAGCGUUUCCUUUUUAAGUCAAGCAGUAGGGAUUUACUGGGCUGCUUCCUUCCGGGACCCUGUGGAAUACAACAUUAAACUGCAGGGAGGAGAGAAAACCUGCAGCGCACUAAAAUGAAGUUAUGUCAAAACCAUUCUGCUCUUCCUGGAGUCUUUCCUCGAUCCUGCACCAAUCCUCCCAGGGCCUGAGAACAUUACAAGCCAUUCAGUUUAUAUGAAUGGGCACUAACAGACUUUUUCGCUAUUCUGAUGUGUCUAAAUUUUGCAGGCAUAUCCUGUGGUCCAUCAGGCGCAGCCUUAGUUUCAAUUUAGUGUCUCCCAGCGGACUCCUGUCUUCCUAUUUCAUGUGGAAAUUGUGUGGAGUUUUCAUCCCUGUGCUCUCUCCCUGCUUCAAAGAUCAGGAUCAGUUUUUCACCAGGGAGAUGUACGAGUUAGCGUCUGAACGUUUGGCGAAUCACUCACAAACAGGAACAUAAAGACUCGCAGUCCUAAUGUUGUCGAUCAGAUCGGGCAGAUGAUUCGAGGAAUAAAUAACUGAUGGAUGACUGUUUAUCUGUCUUUGAACAGAGGUCUGCAAAAGUCUUUGAAAAGGGAAGAAAAGCACCUGUAUUUUUAUUAGCACAGGCUUGCCUUAAACUACUCUAUAACGUUUGUGGGCUGCCGGGGGAAUCGUUCCUGAUAAUCUUUAGAGCAGGAGAGCGAGCGGCUUCAGGCCAGAGUUUAGGAUUUAAUCUGGAGGAAAUAUUUUAAAAAGAUGUCAAUGAAAAGAAAUCAUUAGGAAAAGUUAUUCGAUUUCACUGAAACUCUCUUAAAUGAAACAACCCUCACUUUACUCUGAGAUGUGUUAACCACCUGGUUUUCAAUGAAUGUUCACAGUUUUUAUGAACGCAGUACGAGAUGAAUGUGGCGACACGGAAAGGUCAAAAGAUCAUAGGGCUGGGCGAUAUGGCCUCGAAUCAAUAUCAGGAUAUGAAAAUGGAAGCAGACAAACUUUUACAGAUUUAAUCUACCUACACUCACUCACCUGGCUUCCUGUUUAUAAAUCAUAAAUUGGAGUAUUAAUCUCCAUGUGUCAGUGACAAACGCAAACACAUAUUUUUCUAAAAUUUUGAAAUGUCCCUUUAAAAUUCCUUACUAUAACUUCUUUACCACAUGUUUGGAGUUCACCUGUGAUUCAGAGGAGUCAGGGUUAACUCUAGAUUUGGUUAAAUGUCUCACAUAGGGCUGAGCGAUAUGUCCUCAAAUCAAUGUCACAAUAUAUUGAUCAGUUCACCUCAAUAAUGAUAAAUUGACGAUAACUACUCCACAAGCUGCUCACCCCCUCCCACAUUAACUUCGUCUACUUCAGCCGCUACAACUUUUGAACCGUCCUCCAUCUCCUCACCUGUCUUUCCCUCUUUGUUACUGGAUGGGGUGGAGUCACGUCUCUGACGUAGGACAGCGUCUUAAAGGGACAUGAGACCAUAGCCUACCUACACACAUCCAAAACUGACUUUAUUUAUUUAUUUUUUUGACACCGAAUAUCAGUUAUUGUCGUAAAUUUUGGUAUCAGUGAAUUUUGGGUUUAUUGCCCGGCCCUAAAAGAUCAGUUUCUGCAUUCAUUCAUUAAUCAAUAAAUUUGUAAAUUAGAAAACAUUUAUAAUUUUGCUGCAAAUAUCAGACUUUAUUCUCUGAUUAUUCUGAACACUCAUUAUACCUAACUUUUAAAAAUAAUAAUGCUGCUCAACUAGGGCUGGGCCAUAUGGCCUAAAAUCAAUAUCAUGAUAUAUUGAUCUGCUCACCCCCUCCCACAUUAACUUUUUCUACUUCAGCGCUUACAACUUUUAUUAUUUAUAUUUCAGAGACUUUUAUUUAUUUAUUUUUUUGACACAGAAUAUACCGAUAUGGGCAAAAUGACGUUGGUUAUUAUAUCGGUUAUAUCGGUAAAAUUUCGGUUUAUCGCCCAGCCCUAAAAGAUCAGUUUUUUUAAUUCAUUCAUUAGUCAAUAGAUUUGGAAAUCAGAAAACAUUUAUUAUUUUGCUGUAAAUAUCAGACUUAUAUCUCAGAUUGUUCUGAACACUCGGGUUCAUUUCUGCUCAUUUUUACACUUUUCAACAAAAACAUGAAAAACCCAAACGACCGCGCUAAGUCGUCUCAAAGUCAAACACCUGAGAGAACUUUGAGACGUGCAUUAGCAGUUUUUUAUCUUAUUUUGUAACCUCCUGAAGUUUGUCAGUGGUAUAUCUAACUCUAAUAAAACUCCCUGAAUAUUCACCGUCACUGUGGUUGAACGUGUUUCUCUGCUGACUCACUGACUGCUGUGAGGAAAUGAGGUUAAAGUUUCACACUAAAGAUUUUAACCUUCUCUCCUCCUGUGAGGUUCAGACCACAAAAAGACAAAUAAGUGACUGAGGAUGUGAUGAAUCUAAUCUGAACUCAGAGCAGUAAUGACAGAUGUUUGUGUUUUUCCACUGAAAUGUUGUCGGUUUAGUCAGGAGUUACUGGGAAGGACAAACGUGACGGAUGUGAUUUACUCUGGAAAGAAAAAAAAAACAGAUCUAUUAUCUGAAACCUAAACGUGGUUUGUGUUUCUAAUAACUAAACUGAUGAACAGCUUGUUCAUGUCUUCUCUAAUUUCAUGAAUCGAUCUGAUCUACAGCUGACUGUAAAUGCAUGAACAAGUCUUUGGCUGAGGAUAUAAAGCCAGCGUCCAGUUUGAGAGCACAGUUGGAGUAAUCGUAUCUGCCACAGCUGCCGCUUUAUCCCAGAUCUAGAGGAGAAAUAGAUUCCAGGAAGUAAACACACCGCCGCCGCCGCCGCUGUGGCAGCUUUUGCUGAGUGACUCCUUUGUCACCAGUGGAAACAAAAAAAAACAUUUUGGAUUUUUUAGAUGAAUCAGGAAGGGUCAGAGUUGAGUGAAGACUUUAUUAUUAUUAUUAUUAUUAUGAGUCUGUUGGGUUCAGAAUAACCUGCAGCAUCAUUUUUUAAAGAUGUGAGAUAAUUGUUAAAGUGUUUGACACGAUAAAAUGGAUCUACAAGCUUCCAAACACGCUGAAUUAGUCCAACAGCUUUUAGCAAUGACCUCAAAUCGUCUUAUUACAUGCCGUCCGUGUUUUCCCGCACAUCCAUGUCAGAUCUUUUACAGCAAUUAGCCUUGAACUGGGAAAGACGAUCAGCUCCAGUUUCCCAUGGCUGCAUCCCUCAUCUCUGCCUACUUUGAAUCUUUCCCCCUGCGUCCUAAUUAAGACCUUAAUGCUGCCUCCCUCAGGGGAUCGGAGAGCCCCCCGCUCCCACCCGGCCCCACAUUCCCUCUCCAGCCAUCAAAACUGUUAUGAUAAUAGUCAGCUUUGCACAGGUGCAAAUUGCUCGCAUUUAGGCCGCGUUUGCUCUCAAUUGCAGAUGAUCAUCAAAGCUUAACUUAGCUUUGCUCACAAGGCGCAGAUUAGCGCAGAAGUCAGAUAAAGGUUGUAGCUGUUCAAAUACGGAAAUUAAAAUUAGAUCCAAGCAUGUGACUUUGGAAAUCUGAUCAACUUUAUUCACCGUAUUCACAGUACAGUGGUACAGAGUUUGUCAGACACCACAGUCCAGGGUGAAAGCUGGAACUCAGGGAUCAGGGUCAGACCUGGAGGAAAAUCAAGAUUAUUACAGAUUUUCUUAUAAACAACCUUUUCAGAGUUGAUUUCAGCAUUAAAAGAAUUAGGGCUGUCUUCCUGCACAUGUUGUUUAGUAAGUGUGUUGUUUAAGUGGCUACAUCUACGAAAGUUAUUAUCAUGCUUGUCUUGUCCGAACAAAAGGCAGGCGCUAAAGUAACUUGCGUAGACGUAGCCAUCUUCUUUCAGGCCUCUGAUUUUGGUAACUGAAAUGCUAGUUAACUCGGGUGUGACGUCAUUUUCAGCUCCGACAUCUGACUUCCGAGGUAACUCGAACGCAGGAUUAGGCACAAAGCACUGAUGGGUCGGUCUUGGAUUGGUUAUCUCGGUCAGUCAAUCAGAGUUACUGGAACUACGGCGAGCCAAGUUUAUUAUCAUGAAAUAAAUAAAUACAGGUUAUUGAAUGGGGAAAAAUAAGCGUGAGAAAUGUGAAGUGCGGCGCGUGAGAACGGGUCAAACUGCGUGACUGUCACACUCAAAGCGUUUCGCUGAAGGUUAUUCAUCAAGAAUCAGCCGAAUGCUGACUUAGUUUUAUUGUUUUAACUUCAGACAAGUAUCCUGCUGGAUUUUUACAAUAAAUCUGUUUUUAGUUUCUUACAAAUUAAAUCAGAUUUUCUACUUUAACUCGGUUAUAGAACUGCAGGUCAGUUUCUGAAGACGUCCGUCAGAUUUUGUCCAAAUCGGAGCCCGGUUGUUGUCAUCAUAGUCCUCAGCUCUGCCUCAUGAUGUUAUUUUAUUAGUACCUGGUACAGUAAUAAUAACAUGUUCACAUACUUCCUCCCCUGACCUUCUAACUAUUGAGCUGAACCGCUGCCACAUAAUGUGUAUAAGCUACCCAGGGCAAUUACAGAGACCCCGGAUUGAAAGGGAGCUGUCAUUAGGAUGUGCUUUCACAUAGUCUGGCUGCCGGCCAAAGCUGGCAAAUGGGGGGCCGCCCGGGUGAGGAGAGCUGGGGGGCCGGGCCAGAGGCCGUGGGGGAUAAUUAGACAGUUUUAUCCCAGCUUGUUGAUAUAAAUGUGGCCGGUUUGGCCCCCCUUCGCCUCGCUCGGUGGUAAUGAUCAUGUCUAACAGGUGGCAGGCAAACAGACAGGAGGGGUGAAAUGGAUCCCUCGUUUCCUGGCCGCGUCUCCUUUUUUGUUUUGUUUAGUUUUCCGGUCCAAUGGCGGCCACCUUCCCGCCCCGUCCGUCCGUCCGCUGUGGUUUUUGUUGAUGCAGGGAGUGUUGGAUAUUUGUCACCAUCUCAUCACUUUCUAGCUAAUCUCAACGUCCCGCGGGACCCUCGCGCCGCAGGCAGGCCGGCCCUGCAGAGGCUAAAACCAAACACAUCCAUGUGUUUAAGAGAAGUGGAGUUUUGGAGUCUGAGCAGAAGAAAGUUGACCCGUCUCUUAAACAGAGACUCAGUCCUGGUCCAUGUUUACAUUUUUCCUUCCUCAUGUCUCAGUCCUGGGAGCAGCCUGCUCUUAUAUUCUUCUACUUUAUGACAGAGAAAACUUUGAUCUAAUAGAGAAAACAUGUUUAUGAAGACAUGGAAACUAACCCCUUCUCCUCCUUUACUCCCUUUUCAGGAUCUCUGUGAUGUGUUUUCGGAGUUACAAGCCUCUGGAUUGAGUCAUCUGUGACAUCAGGCGCUGAGCACAGCUCUGCACAUCCAAAUCUCCUGUAUCCUGUGCAGGGGGGGCCCUCUGCUAUUGAGGUAUGCAUGUGAAGAGGCAUUGGAGACCACUCAACUCCAGGCCCCUCAUUCACUGUCAUAUAAUGGAUCAUUUGGGGCAAAAAGAAGUAGAAAAAAUGAAGCAUGUAUCCAAAUUUAUUGCCUCCCCAGAAAUGUGUGGAAUAGAUUCAGGAGGUCGGAGGACAAAGCUCGCUCUCUCUCUCUCUCUGUCUCUCUCUCUCUCUCUCUCUCUCUCUCUCUCUCUCUCUCUCUCUCUCUCUCUCUCUCUCUCUCUCUCUCUCUCUCUCUCUCUCUCUCUCUCUCAAAUGUUUUUUUAAUUUUUCAAACCUGUUGGGAAGAAAAGUUUGAUUAUCUCCUGUUGAUUUUGUGAAGCUCUGAUUUGUUGCCGUUAGACGGAGGCGAGCGCUCGCUGUAACAUCCACACGGCCUCUGCGGUCGCCUGCGUCCAGCUGAUUGAGGAGGCGAGGAUCCAGAUUUAGGAGUUUGAUCCUCUCUGGCCGGACUGCACCGCGAGAUUUUGUUAUAAUUUUCACCUAGCGAGUUUACCCUAAACUUAAACCCUAAUCUUACUCUCAUCAGAGGCUUAAAGUCGAACCCCGGCUUUAAAUAGGGCUGAAAAAACAUCUUUUAUGUCGCGGACUCUCUAAGACAUGGCCGUGUUUUUUCUCCUCUGUGGUUUGGCACUGCGAAGUGAAAAGCGUUUUAGGGUGUUUUGUGGGGGAGUUGGGCUUUCUCCGAGUUGCCUGACGUGAUGUCCUCAGACCUCUGGGUCACUCCGCCUGCUGGUGGUGAGGAUUUGGUAUUUUUGUAGGAAUUACCACGUGCUCAGAUCUCCGAACUGAGUGAUAAAUGGUCGUUAGGACCUGCGGCCAGAGCAGGAGAAGGUCAGGAAAGCUCUCUGGAGACGGGAAAUGCUGGAAACGUAUCGCGCUCGCGACACUCAAAGCUCAUCAUCUAUAUUUGUUUGAUUGCCGGCCACAGCUGACAGCAGCUCAUCCCGCUCUGCAGAGACAACGCUGACGGAGACAGAGCUCAUUAAUAGCUGAAGACUCUGUUCGGUAUUUCUUUUCUCUCACCUCGUCGCUCCUCCGCUGGAGUUUUUUCCUCCAUGUGCUCCACUUUCCGGAAAGAUCUUGGCGUGCUUUGUCACAGCGGAGCGGGUUCAGCGGCUGCAGGUCACGGCGGCAGUAACAGAGCCGCAGAGAAGCUCCAUUGCACUGCACAUGGAGCGUCAUAUCUAACAUUUGUGUUUUGAAGCAUUGAGUCUAAGUGAUGCAAACAGACUCGAGUUACACCGCCUCCUUUUGUGUGCGAUGAAAUAAAGCGGAUCAUGAACCGUCCUUUUUUAUGUCUUUAUAAAGCUUUGAGCUUCUUCUCAAAGGGUUUACCGGGUUUUUCCUGGCUACCAAGAUAAAACUUUUCAGAUGUUUUUUAAGGUUAUUUUUGCUUUUUGAAAUUCUUUAACGUCCCCGAAGAGCAGUUUGGUUUGCAGCAGAAGAUAAAACACAGAAAGAAAGAAAGAAAGCAAAGAGCAGAAAUAAUAUAAACAAAUACAUGUGAAUAGAUCGAGUCAGCACAAUUUCAUCAAUCUUACAGCUUAUUCAAAAAAAACAAUGGCUGUUGGGACGAAGGAUUUCAGAUACCUGUUUGAUUUGGCUUUGCAGUAAAAGUGAAUCUUCUCUCUGACGGGAGAAACUGGAAUUCUGUUUGGAGAGGAUGGAGGGGGUUCGUCAGCAUGACCUUAAAAACAGAGUCAAGAUCAUUCAGACUCAUGCCAGCAGCUUUUUGGCAAAGUUUCACAACAUUUCUCAGCUUAUUUUUAUUUGCGAUACUGAGAUUAACAAACCAACAUCUCAUUGAGAAGGUUAAAAUGGACUCAAUAAAACAAGGAGAGUAAAACAUUUUAAGAAGAUUUUUAAAUUUCCUCAGAUAAAAUAACCUCUGAUUUGCCUCUGAGUUUGUCAUCCAGGAUGGUUCCUCGGUAUCAAUACUGAUUGAUUACUUCUACAGCUUUACCAUUAACGAAGCUUUGGGCUGGAGCAGGUCGAUUCUUACGGAAAUGAAGAAUCAUGUCUCUCGUUUUUGACACGUUAAGUUGCAGAAAAAAUCUUUACACCAUUUAACAAAAUACUCAAGCACAGGACCGUGUCCAUCCUCAUGAUCUUGCAGAAGUCUAAUGAGCAUGGAAUCAUCUCAACCAUUAUGACAAAUUCAGUCCAAAACACCAACAACAUUUGGGGCAAACAUGAGUCCUGAAAAUGGGACUGAAACACAGGUUUCAUUUGUUUGAACUUUGUGUAAAAUCCCAUUUUCUUUACCUUCCUUUUUGCUGCAUCAGAAACCAACAAGUGAUUCAGAUAUUUGACUUGAUGAACUUUUUUACCAUCAUGACCUGACUGAGUAAAAUACUAAGACAAGAGUGAUUCAUUCUCAGCUGCCACCGUUUCACCCCAGCCUGUUGACACUGUGGUAAAAACUUUAUUUAGUUAUCAUCAUAAAUACUCCUGUUUUAAGUUUCACUCUGACUGAUGUAAGCUUUAAUUGAAAUGUUCAGGGUUAAUCCAAGCCAAAAAAACUCCAAAUCUGAGGAUGUCAGAUCUGAUAAGACACCAAUAAACUCUGAGGUGGUCGUUCUGACCUUUAGACCCAGAGAGGAUAAAUGAUAUCCAGCAGCUUCCUCAUCUGCAUGUCCCUUCCUGACCACCGUCUCAGCUGUUCACCUGCGACUAAAGCUCAUCAGGUAUCUGCACAGGUUGAUUGUCACUGGAGCUCAUACAGAUCCUUUAAAGAGCGCCCUCUGCUGGAGCAAACCGUCAGAUUAAAGCAGAUGUAAUCUUCAUUUUGUACUUUAGUUUUAUUGAGAGGGUCGUGUGUUAAAGAGGAGCAGGCAGCAGACAGGUAAAGGUGAGAAGAGGACGGUGUUCAUGAAGUGAUUUUCAUAUUUUGGUCCAGAAUUUUUUUACUCUUUUUCUCUCUUUGGAGGAGAUUUUUCCUGCAGAGCAAAAAUAAAUAAAAACAUGAUGAUGAGGAGAAGAAGGAAGAAGAAAUAAACAAGAUUAAAUCCAGUGAAUGUGAUAAAAAGAUUAUUAAUGAGAGGUGUAAACGUCUCUCUGAAGAAACACUUUUAUUCUUCAUCUUCUUUCUUCUCUUUCACACAUUUAAGGGACAAAUCCCUUCAUGUUUUUCCUUUUUCCAUGUUGACUCAAAUAUUUCUGACCCGAAGGUGACGCCUCUGAUUCCCACUCAUGCAGCCGGUCGCCGGUCUAAAUUAGUCUCUCUUUGUCUUUGUGUCUUAUUCCUGUCCAACAGCUCUGACGUCCUCGACCUCUCCACAAUAUUGCCCUGUCAUUGUCUGAAGCUCCUGGCAGAGAGGUUUUAUUUUUAGACGACUAUUCCUCCAACGCACAAGUAAGUACAUCCGUGUUUAUGAGGGACACGCAGUCACAGCGAAGUUUGAGGAGAGUUUACACCUGUUUUUGUCCGCACAGGUCUGCAGUUUCACUCUGCAGGUAAAAAUGAAAACUAUUAAACAAUAACAGGAUCUAAAAACUGUUAAAAACAAGAAAUAUAAAAGUUAUGAAACAUGAUCCAAACAGGUGUUUUCAGCCUCGCUGUUUUUUCCCCUUAUUUUUAAUUUUAUCGCCAAUUUUCACAACUUUCCUUUUCUCCAGUGUUGAAAACUCUGGAGACAUUAUUCAGCUCACUAAUGAAGCUGUUUAAUUAAAAGUGAGUCCUAAAAUAAUGUCUGCGGUGGGAAAAGUCCUCCUGGUCCUCAGCCUCCAUUAUUACAGACAUUAAUAGAGUCCAUAAAACUCAAAGGCCAAACUGGAGAUGUUGUUUCAUCUCCUCACACUCCUCAGUGAGAAUCGGCGAAGCCUUCAGCCACGGCCAGGUUAACAAAGACAGGAAGAUUAAAUAAUACAUUCAUCACAUUCGGAGAGGCCGGGGGCCAAGUUCAUGUCAAAUCCAUAACAAGCAGAGUAUCCUCGGCCCGGCUCAUUUCCCCACACGCACGUCACACUCUGCUGGAAAUCUACGCAGUCAGGAUGUAUUGAUCUUACUGCUGCUUCCUUUCUCACAAGCGCACAAACAGAGCCGCCGUAUCACAGGCAGCGCCGCAAAACAACCUCCCAGCCCCAUAAAACAAAAUAAUAAACUCGCCGCCUGCCAAAAUAAUCCCAGCUCUCUCUGUGUGUGGACGCUUUUGUGUGCGUGCAGCCCGGGCUAAUGCACUGUUAUUUGUUUCCUUUCACUUCAGUAGAUCAAAAUAGCCUCUGCGUGAGUGUGUGUGUGAGUCAGUGUGUGUGUGUGUGUGAGUGAGAGAGGGAGAAGUGAGGCAUGAAAACUGGGUGAAGAGACGUGAGCUUCUCUUCGUACCGGUUUAUUACUCUGCUCUUAAAGAUAAACGUGUUUUUUCCUGUGAUCAUCUCAGUAAAAGUGAAAAAACUUCAAUGUAGAAAAACUUGAAAUACAAACAAAAACAUAAAACUGUCGUUUAAAAUCCAGUAGGGUCUUUGUUUAUCGCAAAAUGACGAAUUACUCGAGUUUUAAAUGCGGCGUAAAGGCUGUAAAAACAAUUAGAGGAACUUGUAUUUUGUUGUCAGUUUAACUGGGAUCUUCAUGUAAUUGUUGGAAUAACUCGUUAUGUUUUAAAAGUGUUACAAGUUUAAAAUAAUUUAGUUAAAAUGAGUCAAAAAGAUAAUCGUUAGUUUUAACUACAGGGACCCUGUUUCACACAAGAAACUGUCCUGACAAAACAACUUUACUGUAAAUUUAAGCUAAGUCAUCCUACAGAAUAAAAGUAGAAGGUCAUUUGACUGAUUUUAUUUAUUUGUUUUGAAAUUAUUUUAAAUGUUUUUAAUAAAUUCUCCCAAAUUCAGCUGAAUGAAAAAGUUUAAUCCAGCCUUAACACAGACUUUCAAUUUAAAACAGACAUUUUUCUUACAGUGUAUUGUCCAGUAAAUAGUGAUUUAACUGUAUUUCAGUAAAUAAAAACUGUUUGGUUUUUAAAAGUUUAAAAAGUUGAAGGAUUAUUGAAAUAUUCCUGCCAUAAGACCCACUUUUAAACUUCAGAGUGUUUCUGCAGAUGAGCUGGGAUCAGGUCCUCUAUAAACUUUCUGCUCAGUAAUCCGUCACCGCUCUAAUCAAUCUAAUCAAUCAGAGUAAAGAAACUUCUACACUCUCUGUGUUUCUGUGUCAUUAUCACCAUCAUAUCACCGUGAAGCUCCAAAGUUACACAAACUGAGAAACCGUCAGCUGACACAGAUUGAUCCAGCACAGAUGUUCGUUAGUCACUCAGUCGUAUUUUUUAAUCGGAGCAGCAGCAGCAGCCUGAAACUGAACCUCACAGCUGAUUAAAAAGUGAUUUCUCAGUUACUGUAAACUCUUUGUGUUUUUAGUCGCUCUGUAUCCUUAAACAGGAAAAGUUCACGAUGUCUACCCUCCUGAUUAUCACCGUGUUUGUGCAGCCUGUGAUUACGCUGAUGUUCAGAUUAUGAACUGGAUGAUCAACAUGUGAACUCAGACACUGAGUGAAAACAACAGACAGGGCAGUGAGUCCUGACAGCAGAAACUAAAAAAUAAAGGUUUAAGUUCCUCCUUUUUAUUAAAAUCACCUUAACUUUCAUCACGAACUGUGAGCCGACAGAAAUCUGACACCAGAAUAACUUUAUUUACUGCCUCCUCCUCCUCAAAUGUGUGAUUUUACAAGACGAGAAAAAGUGACUCCUAGUGGAAACAGGAGGUGAAUGGAGCAUGAAUACGACAAAGACAGGACUCUGUAAUAACAUCAUUAUUGUGUCGUUACUGUAGGGUUAAAUGAAGAUCAUGAAACUCACUCUUAGUGCUUUUACUUCGUCCCACUUUGAGAGAAUAUCAGCUGAACUCUGACGUGAUUUUGAUGCUAAAAUAAACUUGUUUAUAGUUUCAGUCGUGGAGCUGUGUAAAAAAAAAAAAGAGAAAAUAUUAACUACAGCAGAUAUAUGAACUCCUUAAAUUUUAAUUUUUCUUCAGGGAUCAAUAAAGUUCUUCUUCUUCUUCUUCUUAAAUAACCGUUAAUCUCACCUUUGUUGUUAUUAUUAUUAUUAUUGUUAUUACAGUGUGAAACAGAGUUAUCUCACCUGGCCUGAAGAGGUUUGACUAUGAAAUGACUAUUAAUGAAAGUCACAGCAGCACAUGUUAAUAUAAAUAAGAUUAAAGUUAGGAGUAAAGUUAUAUCAUUGGUUUUACAGACACACUUACAGAUGCAUGAGUUUAUUUAUAUAUUAAAGUAUAGAUUUAAGGUUCUGAACUUGAUUUCAUCUCUUUACUGGAGAGGAGUGUAUUAAAUAUUAUGCAAUUAUUAUUAUUUAUUAUGCAAAAAUAUUAAAUUUACACAAAAUAGAAAAAGUCAGAGAUGAUUUAUUAAUGUGCAAAAAUCAGUAGUAAUUGUGGAAAACUACUUCUAGUUUCUCUGUGCUUAAAGGAAGUCUUUUUAGAUCUGAAGGAUCUGAACCUGCUGAAUUAUCUCAUCAGGACUCGCUCCAGUCAGAGUUCUUCUUCCUCAUAUUAUGUAAAAGAGUUUUGUUGUCUGUUGAGUUGUCCGGUUUAGGAUGUGACACAUCUGUGAGCGGCGGUCAGAAGGAUUUUUAUUUUUUAUUCCUAAAUCUUUUUGUACUUUUUGAUCACACUCACUGAGACUCUGAGAUCCCGUUAUUAGUGGAGCGAUAGAGAGAUUUAGAGGCUGAGUAACAGUGUGUGUGUUUGCUGACAGAGUGAUUUUUGGGCUUUCUCUCUCUCUCUCUCUCUCUCUCUCUCUCUCUCUCUCUCUCUCUCUCUCUCUCUUUCUCGGCACAUCGACUGAAAACACCUGACUUCAUCUCUGACAUGUGCGUUUUAAACCUCGCUGCGUACGCUACAGGUGUUUGUUGAAUUUCACGUCCCCUGGGCGCUUAAAUACGUUUCACAGUCAGUCCAAGAAUGUCAGAAAUACAUGAGGUGUCAUUCAGGAACGUUAGAAUAAAAAAAUCUGAGUGUAUAUCCGCAGAUGUAAAAGGUUUUACUUCCCUCUGACAGUUUAACAGCAGCCAGCUUCUCUCUGACUCAACGUCUCCUCUCUGAGCUCGUCUGAGCGCGCUCAUACCCAUCGCCAAGCUCGAGCCCCUCGACUCCGCAGCUGUGUGUGGCCUCCGUUCAUGCGGGGGCUACCAACUGGUUGAUUAUCCCCCCGGCAUGGGGGAGGAGGCCUGCAGGCGGGGGGAUUAUGGGAAAGGUUCAGGGUUAACCACUGGACAUAAGAGACAUCUAGAUCCUGAUGUUGAUGUUGAUGUUGAUCUGUGGAAAUGUGUCAAACUGCAGAAAUCUCCCACCACGAUAAUGUAGCUGCGAUCAUUUAAACCUGUCUCUAUAUUAGUGAUCAGUAAAAACAGGUUUAUUAUUCUGCUAAUACAAACACAUGUUAACCUCAUUUCUUCUUCAACACACUGAUCUAACAAUAACUUGAAAAAGGAAAAUUAUUUCAGUGUGUUUAAAUAUUGACUUUAACCUUUGACCUCUAAAAUACUGAGUUGAUUUUAUUUUUGAUUAUCAGUCAUUUAUGAAUGAAAUCAAAACAAAGGAAAAAUCCAGGAAACACGACCAGAUCUGUGCAGCUUUAUCAAUCAUCAAUCAAUCUUUAUUUAUACAUCAACGCCAAUUCACAACAAGUAACCAUACUCUUGUUUUAGGGCUGGGCGAUAAACCGAAAAUUUACAAAUUUACGAAAUUUACGACAAUAACCAACGUCAUUUUGCCCAUGUAAAUAUAUUUGGUGUCAAAAUAAAUAAAUUAAUAAAAGUUGGUUUUGGAUGUGUGUAGGUAGUAGGGGUGGGAGAAAAAAUCGAUUCACAUAGGUAUCGCGAUCUUUUGUUUUACAAUUUUUUAAAUUAAUUUUUAUGUUCAAAAAUUUAUAUUUCUACAUAUAUUUUCAAAUUUGGGAACAAAUCUUAAAAAACUGACUAACAUGUGAUGUGUAUUUUUGGGGUAAACAUGGUUCCUGGAAUAGUCAGUAGACAAUCAUAAUCAUUCAACCGUUUCACUGGCAUUAAAAAUGCAGAUAAAAAAUUGAGAAAAUCGACAAUAUCAUAGAAUCGCAAUUUAAAUCGAAUCGGCAUCCAAAAAAUCAUAGAGGAAUCGAACCGGGAGAAAAGCAUAUCGUCCAAGCCCUAGAAAGCCCAAAUGGUGCUAUAAUAGGGCUGGGAGAUAAACCCAAAAUUUACAGAUACAGAAAUUUACGACAAUAGCUGACGUCAUUUUGCCCAUGUCAAUGUAUUCUGUGUCAAAAAAUUUAGUUAGUAUAUGAUGUGUGUAGGUAGGCUAUGGUCUCAUGUCCCUUUAAGACGCUGUCCUACAUCAGAGACGUGACUCCACCCCAUCAAGUCUGUAACAAAGAGGGAAAGACAGGUGAGGAGAUGGAGGACGGAGAGAAAGUUGGAGCAGCUGAAGUAGACGAAGUUAAUGUGGGAGGGGGUGAGCAGCUGGUGGAGUAGUUAUCAUCCAUUUAUCGUUAUCGAGGUGAACUGAUCAAUAUAUCCUGAUAUUGAUUUGAGGACAUAUCGCUCAGCCCUACUCUGUUUACAAAGACCUAAUGUAAACCAAUGUAAGGUCUUUACAGUAGAGAGGAAGAACUUCCUUUAACAGGCAGAAACCUCGAGCAGGACCAGACUCAUGUCUCUGUACUGGGUUUAAACAGGAGAUAGAGUGAGAAGGAGAAAGAGAGAGAGAGAGGGAGAUGGACAGAGGAGUGAUGGAUGCUGAAGAGCAGACAGCAGUGAUCGAGAGGAACUUCCAGUAUGAUGGAGUUCAGGGUCUCAGAGUAAAGACUGUAUCAGUGACUCUGAAGGGACAGACAGGAAGAGGAUGGAGAACGAAGGAAAGGUGCUCUAUGUGUCCGUACAUCUAUAGCAGCAAGUCUUGGUCUUGACCUGAACCAGCUCUAACUAUGAGCUUUAGCAUAAAGAAAAGUCUAGAGGUGCAUUGUGGGUAACGCAGAUUUGCGGUCAUAGAUUUUUAAAGAGAAGUUUUUUUUUAAUAGACCGAAGUAUCAGGUGAAGCUCCUGGCUCUUCUAAAUCCCUGAAAAAAACCACAGCCUCUGGUGGCUUGUUGCUUAAAUGAAACCUUAAUAGUGAGUUAUUUGCUGUCCUAAUGAGCUCAAAUAUAAAAACACACACACACACAUGAACACACACACACUGUACUUGACUGCAUCUGCUGCAGUAGGAUCCCCUCGGCUAUCCGGUUUCAGCCCGCCUGGUCAGGGUCUUGCAUUAGUGGCGUAGGAGAGCUGUGAACAGGGAGUAUCGGGUGCUUUAAUAUGGAAAUUCCUUUGCAAUGCAGAGGCUGCAGGAUUGUGCGAUUACUUAAUUCAUUUAGCUGUGUAAAUGUAAGGAGGGGGGUCAGGGUGUGUGUGUGGAGGGGGGUCUGAUUUACGGAGGGAUGAUCGGGCUGCGUGUGUGUGUGUGUGUGUGUUUCAGGCAAAGCCAAGUAAAAACGGGGCCUCGCUCAGUAACUCCACAUCGGGCUUUAGGGCUCCAGUUUCACGUGUCCAGGGAACAAGCCAUUAAGAACGAGCUCCGAGACCCACGAAGCCCACACUCCCCGACCAUCAGUACCCACAUGACCAAUCCCAGACUCUGAUUUGUGGUUCCUGACAUUUUAAUUCAUUGGAAAACACCAGUCAGGACCCAGGAGUUAAGUAAGUCCAUUAACACUAUGCAGGAGUAAUGCUUUCCAGUACGGUGCCAGCUCUGCCACCCAGUAUGAUCAAGCAUGGAGGCCCGGUGAUUUCACAGUGGGUGAAUAUUUCCUGGAUGUUUUACCCUGAGCCCGCUGACAACCUAACAUAUAACUGUAUUAAACUAAAGUGAAUUAUUAUUUCACUAUAAAUAAUCCCAUAAUAAGAGAACAUCAACACAUAUUACAAUUAACAGACAACAGGCCGCAAUCCCAGCUGUAAUCGCUGAGGGCCGAACUGAACCAACACGCUUUAGAUUUUCAGUUUAUAAAUAACGAGCAAAUUAAUAAGUGAAGCAGCCGGACGGGUUCGUCUCGCCAUUUUUCCCAGCAUGCUUUGUGUGUAAAAGUAGCCACUUAUUUCUUUAGAGAGAGAGUGCCAUCUUUGGGGUAAAAGAAAUCGGUCACUUCAGUGUUCAGGAGGCAGAGACUUUUUUACCUUUAUACCAAAGUUUACAUCGAUUACUACAACACUGACACUCAUAUGUGCCUGGAGCGUCGUCUGUCUGAUUCUGCACGAGAAAAAUAUACUAACUAUAAGAGCUUUUCACUGAAGAUGGAGAAAAUAAGUCUGAGCUUCAACUUUAAUCAGACUUUGAUGUAACUACAGUCUGUAGGAUCACUAGCUGCGUUUACAUGAGCACAAAUAAUCGGAAUAAAAAUGCAUCAUGUAAACAUGUCAAUCGGGAGAUUCUAAUCCAAUUCAGCUCAAUCGGAAAUAAAUUGUAUUCCAAUCGAGGGAUCAUUAUUCCAAAACAUGUCCAUGUAAUCACUUAUUCCGAUCGUGACUCUCUAACCUGAUUCGGUCUUCACUCUUUAGUCUUUAGUUCAUUUAUUGAAGUCAGUACAGGAAGUUUCAUUAUUAACACAACCACAGGUGUCGUGUCUGCUCCCCUGAUAACAUCACAAGACGUACAUACGGCGUAAUGAUGUCACAUCUACACGCACGGUGCAACCUUUGACAGAACUGUAAAAUAAGUAAGCAAGGGCGCCAUCUAGUGACGACAUUUAACAGAGGGGAAAAUCCUGAAUUAGAUGUAGUGAAGGUCCGUGUACUUAGCGGUCAAAUGAAAAAACAAAAAUCGGCAAAAAAGAGCCGUUCUUAUUCCUUUUCACGCCGUAUUCCUGAGGGUGUUACUGUGCUAACGAGAGCCUCUCGCUUAGUUGCUCCAAGUCACAACUUCAAGGUCGCAACAAACAAGUGAAUGAAACUUGAAAUAAGAGAUUUCCACACGUGUAUUUUGAUCUUCGAUUUCUGUUUAAAGCCACAUCACAGAAAGUCAAAUAUUGAGUUUGUUUCGGUUGUUUUCUGCUUUUUGUUUUUCAUUUCCCUACUGGUCGUCGGGAAACGGCUCGUCUUCUGAUUGUCAUUUUUUCAUUCAAAAACGAAAAUCCUAUGGCCGCCAAGUACACGGACCAGUGAGCCAUGACCGUGUUUGUUGGUUUGUUGGUUUGUUGACAGCACAGGAGUAAAUACAACUCUUCUUCUUCUUCUGCAGUUGUUUUAGAGAAAUCAGACAACUCUGUGCAUGUCCAAAUGCUUCUAAUCUGAAUAAAACUUGGUGCAUGUAUACUCACAUCAUGAUCGGAUUAUUUCAGUUUGGAUUCAGAUUAUCUGAUCCCUCAAAUUUUUAAUCAGAUUAAGAAAUUUUGCACAUGUAAACGUGGCUAGUGAGACUUUCUAUGAGAACCUUAGAGAAACAAACCGUUCUGACACACAUGGACAUAACUUUAUAAAACAAACACAGACAGUUUUCUGAAGUUUGAUCUGAUUUACAGUAAAUUGUGUUUGUGUAGAGGCACUAAUGUGAAGUUUGAGUCCAUCCUUAUAAAGCCUUCUCUCCUAACCUUCACACUUCUGUAAGUUUUUCCAAAUACUGUUUUUCACUUUGUGCAUAACUGUCCCUGCAGGUCACUCUCUGACUUUGUUGCUGAAUCCAGUGUGGAAAAUUCAGCGAUAAAUGAAUAAUUAUAGGAGAAUUAAAAAGAAAUGAGUGUGCAGCAUUUCAACACUUUGCAGUAUAUUGACCCUAAAUUGAGUUAUGAGGACGCGCUCCUCCUUCCUCCUCCGUCUCUGUCUGGAUUUUCAACACAGUAUAAAGUCAGAGACACAUUUUAUCAGCUGUUGUAUAAAUCCAAUGAAUCCAUCAUAUCCCCAAAGGAGACUCCCAGAAAAUGAUUUCAUUGUUCUCUAAUCCAUUAUGUGGAGCAGCUAUGUCAGCUGAGCUGUAAAUGACUCAAAACACAGCUGCUGGGGAAAGGAAAACACCGAGCCAAAGUCCGCUCCAGCAAAAUGGAAAAAGGUGGAGUCGAAAAAAGCUGUUCAAACUAUCUGACAGAUUCGAUACGCUCUGCAACGUGUGACAGAGUUAUUAAUUUGUGGCCCGGGUCUGUUAAAUCUAUCAAUCCAUUAUUCUAACAGGAACCUAAAAGGCCUGCGGGUCAGCAGUCAGUGAGCCCGAUCUGUUGUUUUUACAGUCGAACGUCGGUUUAUCUUCCAUUUUAAGACGAGGUCGGUUCACUGCGCCGCGUUCAGACGGAGUCUCUGCAUGUUUUACCAGAUUAUCAUUUUAAUAGUUUAACAGAGACGUCCCAUUGGCUGUUUUACUCCAAAUUAAACAGCUGGAAGUCGGAAUAGAGGACGACAGAGAGUCAAUGUGAUCAUCUAUGAAAUGAGAAUACAGGACUCAUCAUAAGGAAAGUCUUGAUAUGUGGACGGUUCAGUUUUAAAGGGAUAUUCCGGUGUGAAAUUAAUUUAGGGUCAAACACACCAUAACACCGAGUUAGACCCCCCCUCCAGAGAUGAAUGUUGCCGACCUCUUGCUUCUCUAAUUAUACCAACUUUAGUAACGACCGCAGGAUAGAAAUACAGAGAGACACGCGCUCAACCAAAACGCCACUCUAUAGCCACAAAUAAUGCUCAGAACAGCACCUAACUUCAUCAACAGGACAUAUAGGGUCACAGCCAUAGUACUAGACACCAAACAUCUUUUUAACUUUGACUCAUUUCUUUAGCAAAGAGACUAAACACAACUCACCUACUCGACUACAGCAACCGCUUGUCGGGCCAGUCCAUUACGGACUACAGCGGGGUGCCGCAGCUCAAGGAAGAACAUUUAUGAUCAUUACUUUUUCAUUUCCUUGAGGUAAUAAUCAUCAUAUUAAUCAUUUUGCUCUGCAGACGCGGUAGUUGAGAAAGUAAUGAUCAUCAAAGUUCUUCCUUGACCCUCUAACCUGUUGGUAACUCUGUCGUUGGUAACUCUGUCGGUAUGUGGUGGGGUCUCACAGCGGUGCCAGCAGGAGUUGCAGGGGGCACAGGAGUCUUGGAGGUCCUGGUUUUACGACACAGCACUUCACCAUGUCCACACACACACACGGGGCUCUGCCAGGACUGGAGUUUGUCACCGGCAGAUUUAUACUCCUCUCUAUUAAAACUCCUUUACAAGCCCACAGAGACUCACAGAGAGGGAGAGAGGGAGAGAGAGAGAGUGGAAACACAGACGAGGAGGUCUGUAAUGAAAGAAUAAAGAGAGGGAGACACCAGGAACAAAGUGGGUUUAAUGAGUGUGAGGGAGAAAGUGUGUGUGUGUCAGUUCACCUGAAAGAUCCACUUACUGACCGUAAAAUCACUGUGGGAAUAAUCACUGAUGUUAAAACUACAAGUGGAGAUGAAUAAAUGCAGUUUAUUCAUGUUAAAUCAGAGGAACUAAAUAAACUCGAUUACAGGAUCACUUUGACAACACAGGUUACUGCAGGACAUGUGCAGUUCUGUCUUUGUACACAAGAGGGCAUCGUCUCCCUUUAAUUCAUUAGCACUAAAAAACAAUCAGUUUCAGACCUGACUCUUAAUGGACAAGUAUGAGUUUACAGUCCAUCACUGUGGCCUGAUGAGAGAGAGAGAGAGACAGAGAGAGAGAGAGAGAGAGAGAGAGAGAGAGAGAGAGAGAGAGAGAGAGAGAGAGAGAGAGAGAGAGAGAGAGAGAGAGAGAGAGAGAGAUAUGCUGGGGUCACCACCUUGGCUUCGUUACAGUCCCUCAUUCAGACCAAACAUACUGACACGGAUACAGAAAUGAACGUUUCUGUCUGUUUGGCAUUAAGGUGAACUUUUUUAAGUCUUCAGGUGAAUUAAAGGUUUAGUCUGAAACUGUUUUUUGUGCAGGAGCAGUGUAAAUAAAUCUAAAACUACACACUGAAACACGGGAUGUUCACCGUCCUGUGACUCCAGUUUGUCCUCCAAACACUGAGUCUAUAACUUAGACUUGAAAAUUGACUCAUAAAGAGCGCCCUCUGAUAACAUUGAUAGGCGCCCCCUGUAGACCCAUCGGGGGAUUACCUCAACACUCGUUAACCUUUAAUCUAAAACUUUGCUCAUGUGCAGUACUGACGUCCAACAUUUAGACUUCACGUUUGUUUCAUAAUAUGAAGAAAGCUUAAAGCCGUCUCCUAAAUGAUAUCAGAAAAUAGAUCUUACACUAUCAUGUACUAGGGGUGUCCCGAUACAACUUUUUAUUUCUGAUACAUUACCGAUAUUGCUCUUGACCUCCAAUGUUUUAACUUCACAUUUGUUUCACAAUAUGGACUUUAACGAAAAAUACCGCCACACAGUCUCAUAACUCGUACUCCUCUCUAUUUUGUUCGUACCUUAGUACACACUGUUGUUGUGAUUAUGUAGGCUCUACGGGUGCUGCUAGCUUGGGGUGCCAGAGUGGAGCCUGGAAUGGACUGCUGAUAUCAGAGAUUUUAGAUGCAGGCCGAUAUAAUCCGAUAUUUGUUUUUUGGGUGAUAUCGGACAGAUUUCAGAUAUCAAUAUCGUAUCAGGACAGCCCUAUCAUGUACUGUAUCAUAUCAGGCCGUAACAGUAAAAUAAUACUCAACAUAGUUGUUUAAUAACCAGAGGAGGAGCUGAAGGUGAAUCAAAAGUCGAGCUGAGAAGUGAAAAAGUUCAACAGCCUCCUUUGCAAAGCUAAAGAGGCGGACAUAUGGCCGUCCUGUCCUCCUCCUCCUCCUCCUCCUCCUCCUCCUCCUCUCUGUCUGCCCUCCUGGUGUUUGUCAGAGUCAUAAAGCUGUCCUAUAACCCCAUAACCUCUGUAAUAUUCAUGAUCCAAAGUUUGAGCCUCAGUCCAAGUGUUAGCCCGCUGUUCCCAGGAUAAAGAAACACAACAAGGAGACGGUCUACCUGGUUACCACGAGACGAGCGAAUCCAGACCCCCAACAACCCGGGUCUGCUUAUUAAAAUACACUCCUCAUUGGUUUACACAGAGCUGUCCUGCUCUGUUUACUCAUGUCACAGGCUGGACACAGCCCAUAAUAGGCAAUGGCUCAUCUCAACAUUACGAGCUGUUUAUAAAGCAGGUGAAAAAUGACACUUUUAUUGCCUGUUGCUGCGUCCGUCUAUCCUGCGUCGGCCCGGGUCUGUCCUACCUACUCCUGUCAAAUAAAUGAAGCACUUCUGGGAGAGAAUAAGUCCACGAGGAGACACGGAGCAAGAGGAGUAGAGAGGGAGGGAGAGAGGAGGCUGAUCUGGACAAUGACAGCUUUAACACAGAGUCUCAUAAACAUGCAUGAAUCAGAGCGGGGGGGCUGCUGUGGAAGACAAAUAAAGAGACAGAGAGGAGGAGACAGCGGCUGCUGGACGGAUGAUUCACACUUCAGGCUCGGGUCAAGUUGUGUCUCCUCCGGGGUCAGCGAGUGUGGUUUAGACAAGCGGGACAGCCGCUCAAAUAACAGCAGGAGACGUCAGCAGACGCUCUUCUGCUGCAUUUUUAGGUCCACAACGUAAACAAGAACGUCACACAAACGCAAUAUCCAUGCAAAUCAGAAUCAGGAUAUUUUAAUAAUCCCCAGGGGGAAACUGCUGUCUGUCAGUGACUCCAGUGCAAAUAAAGUAGGAAGAGGAGAUAGAUAAGUAGAUAAAAUAAGUAAAAAAUAAAUAAAUAAUCAAAAUAUCCAAUAUGUAUACAAUUUUAUAAUAAACAAGCAUGUACACUAUAUACUACACAAAAUAAUUUUAUGUGUUAUGUGUAAUAUUGUAAUAUUUUAAUACAAAUUAAGGGAAUAUUACAGAUAGAUUUAGUCAACUUCUUCAAAGUGUAAAGAGCAAAAGGAGAAGUGCAUCCAUCAAACAGGUUUGAGCUGAUCACAGUGAAAUGACCUUAUCAUUUAUCAGCUGACAUGAUCUUGAUUAAAGCAGCGAUCAGUGACGAAAGCACCUCUGUGCAUGUUGUGUUUUCUGCACAUUUCUGCAGCAGGUGUUUGGAAAGUAAGAUCUCUUACCUCUUUAGGUCUGAUCUCUGUUUUCAGACGUCAGACUCUGAAAUGUACCUCAGGAUAUAUCCGAACCAUGGUGAGGAGAUUUCAGCCAAUCAGAAAGGUCAGAGGUUACAUUAUUGGUACUCUCAGUAAAGUUUGUUUGCAGUGAAACACACAACAGCUCUCAAGGUUUCUUCCCCGCGUUGAUGUGCCUGAUGGCUGAUGGGAUAAAGCUAUUUUUGUACCGCCUGGUUUUACAGGCUGGUUCCUUGAGCCUCCUGCCUGAUGGGAGCAGGAUUCAGUUAUGUUUAUGUGGCAGCAGUAACUUCCUGUUGCCAGCAGGCGGUGAUGUAUUUUUUUUUAGACAUCUUUCAAAGAUGAGUGUGUUCAGUCUGAGACUCUUUAGGAGUCGGGAAACUUUGUGCAGAUUUGUUAACGUAGGACUGAGCGAGAACUGUAAGAAAUUUCACAUCUAGACUUGAAUUCAAAUCAAAAUACUGUUCUGAUGGCGCCCUCUAGAGGAGGAUUAUUAAUUUCCAUCUGUACCAUAAUAUCUCAUCUCAGCAUCAAUCAGUGUUUAAAUUCAGAGGAUGAAAUGAUCUAAUUCUCCUCUUCGACUAAAUGUUGUUUUCUCUCUGUCCAGCAGAGGGCAGCAUCCGUUCAUAUUCCCGCCUCUCUCCGGUCUCUCUCCGGCGUCGAGUGCAGCUGCAGGGAGCCUGAGCGGCCCCUCUGAGCAGCUCUGCUCUGUUAUCACAGUCUGAGCUAUUUAUAAAAGUCCUGAUUCAGCUGCUCUCGUGUUUCCAUUGUGAGAAAACGGAGAGGACCUGGAGGAACAAAGCUCGCUCAAAGUCACUCCUGGAGCAGAUUGGAGAAGUUCCCACAUAGUUGCACAAACACUGAACGUACAUGGAUGUUCAUUAGGGAGGAAACUCGCAUCGGAGCAGCAGCGAUGAAAACUGAAAGGUGACCACAACACAAAGUUUAUCCCUGUUAAUGUUUCUGUUUAUUCAGGCGCUCUGAUUUUCUACUGAUGGAGUUAUUUGCUGCUAUAAUAAAGACAAAGAGGCAUAAAGUGUAUUUACAGAGUCAGAUCUUUGCUGGUGUUCAGCUUUAAAUGUUAAAGUGUAGAAGAAAAUAAUAAUUCAACAGGAAGUUUAAUAUAUGUCACUACUUCAGUGUUAUAUUGUACAUGGAUCACAUGUCAUACAUAUGUGUCAGGCCCAACC